UUCAAAUUCCAACCAAUCAACAGCCGCGGAUCAAAAUUCGAAAGCCAACUUGCGGAGAGUGGAGAGUCUGAUAUGAUGUGUUAAAAUGGAUUAUGUUGGAAACUAACUUUAGUCACAAACGCAUUUUGUUACCCACCGAAUAGCUUGGUGUUGUACACGUGUUGAUCCUGAGCCAUGGUGAAAGAACGGGCCCAGAAGAAGUCCUUCCAGCAGAGUCUGGAGGACAUCAAGGAGAGGAUGAAGGAAAAGAGGAACACACGGCUGGCUCGUGCUUCAGCCCCCAGAAGAGGACGGCCCACAAUGAUGAACAACAGCAGUGUGGUUAACUCCAUUCACACCAUCCUGAAGGGGGUCCAGCUAAACAACAAGGAGCUGGCUGUUGCCCUACAAGCUGAGAAGGAAAAAGGGAGACACGCUAAUGCAGUGAUCCUGCAGCUGAAAAGGGAGCAACAGGCUCUGUUCCUUCACCUGCUUCUGCUCAAGAAGAAGCUCAAAGAGCAGGAGGCUCUUGCAGUGGCUGCUAAAGAGACUAAAGCUCAAAAUGUCCUUGUGGAACCCAAACACCAUGAGGAUUCGGCAAGGAAAACGCCUUCAAGCCAGAACCUUGAUAAGCCCAUUGUGUGCAAAUCCUCACCAAUUUGUGCAGACCUUUCGCCUUCUAAAAAUUAUAUACAAUCUGACAAGCAGGUUGUUCUGCCAUCUACAGUGGGUGUGAGGCGUCGCCAUGCAGAUAGAAGAAGCAGGAGGAGGUCUGAGCGUGUGCAAGAAAUUAAGUUGUUGAGUGAGGGUGACCACAUGGCAGGCUUGGGUACUUUGGUAGCAAGUCCUAUUCGCAGUGACCUUGAAAAAACAAAUCAGCCACAGCCAGAAGCAGAACCAGAUUUCGCGGACCCUGUUGGCACUGAGGACUUUCAGCAUUCUACUCCUGAACCUGUCCCACCCAAGAACAUCAACAACCAGCAGCGGCCCAGCAGGAAAAAGACCCAGCAGCAGCCCCGAACCAAACCAGAACCUGCUGCACAGAAAGCAGAGAGAGGCCGCAAACCAGACCGCGCCCCAUUGAAGAAACCUUGGGAGAAUCCCAAACCCAAAGCUCGCUCCAAGAGUCGGGACCGGUCGGCCACACGGGCCAAAACUGCAGUUCCAUCACAGGGGAAUAAGCUCAACAGCUCACUAGGAUUUAAUGACACAUUUGACUUUGAUUGUGAAGAGGCAGUUCAUGUCACACCGUUCAGGGCAAAGGCAGAGGACAAUCAGUCUUCCACGCCCGUGAGCGAAGAGACACCUCAAACAAAGGCUACACCUGUGGUUUCCGAACAGAUUGACUCCAGCUCGUCAUCACCAGCUUCUGAAUCGGAGGACAGCCUUUAUGUCCCUCAGAAGAGCAGAUGGGCUCAGACUUCCCCUGACAAGACCAAAGUGAUCACCACUCGUAGAGGCCGGCCCUCUAAAGUUGUCAAAAAGAAAGAAAUCAUCCCUCCAAAACAAGAGUUCUCCGUUUUUAGAGAUGAGGAGUCAAGUCCUAAGGCUAUAGAGCCUGAAAAGAAAGAAGCCCACCACUCCCCUGACUCUAGCUUCUCUAACAGUCCUGACCCAGCGUUGUUGAGACAGGAAAAUCACCAAGAUGGUGUUUGUUUGCCGGCUGUCAGCCCUCUGGUUGAAGUGGAGAUGAUGAGAAUAGACAAUGUCCUGUCCAAUUUUGGCGAUUCCUCUGGUGAAGCUCCUCCUCUUUUACCUCACCAAACACCCCAGAGGAUCAAGACGUGCAAGAAACGUGGGCUUGGUGUAAGGACAGCAGGGCGGGGCUUGAGUCUGUGUGAUGUGACCAAUCUGUCCCCUGCAGCCUAUCGCAAAUUCUCCCACGGUGGCUCGCGGCCCUCUGAUGCCCGAUGCUCCACCCCCGUCCCCGCUCGCAAGCGGCGCUCCACCAUGGUGGUCGACUACAAGGAGCCCACGCUAAAUGCGAAACUUCGGCGUGGAGACAAGUUCACAGACUUGCAGUUCCUGCGCUCCCCUAUUUUCAAGCAGAAGUCUGGCAGGAGGUCUGUGCAGAAAGCAAGGAAUUCAAUUGGCAGCCAGCCGCCAUUUGAGAAAUACAAUGAGUCAUUUGUUGGAUGUCGCUGAAGGCAGCUACCUUGUUCAGUGUCGCCUGGCAUUGUCAGUUUUAAUGUGAUUUCUUGGAUUCGACAAGUGGUUUUUCACCCAAGGUUGAAUUUUUUAAUUUGAUGAACGACUGUGAUCUGUAAAUCUUUAUUUGUUUGCUUCAAAGCUAAAGUUUUUAUUCUCUCUGGCAUUUCUCCUCAUCAUCUCUAGCUGAAUGCAUCAGUGGAUAUUGUAUGAAUACGGCCAUUUCUAUUUGUCUGCAUCUUAGUUCAGUUCUGUUUUUAUUAUAUCCUGCAUUACUAUAUAUAAUUGUCAUCUAUAAAUUUGUAUCUGCUUCCUUUUAAUAAUAAUAUUCUACUGUAUUAUGUGACAAUAAAUGUAG